UUCAUUACUAACAUCUUUCAAUGAGUUGCAAUAAAAAUGCUUUUAAAAAGUAUAUUCCAAAUCUUAAAUGUAGUUUGUUUUGUACAAUGCUCUCUAUUUGGGGAGUUAUUUUCUUAGUUAUACUUUGUAUUUUUGCUGAUAGUUAUACUGUAAAAAAAGGAAAGAUGUUAAAAGAUGAUUUUGAUUUCCCUCUUUUAAGAAUCAAUCUUGGUGUAGCUGCUGGAUUGUAUGGGCUUUUUGUGAUUGGCUGUGGAAUAUGGUCUGUUAUUCUUAUUAUAAAACAAGUUCACUCAGGAAAUAAAGUAGAGUAUUAUUAAAUGAAAUUUUAAAA